AUGCCCCUCGAAAUCAUCAACCUCUCCGCGAUCGCCCGCAACCGGACCCGCAUGGCCGCGCGGCUCGGAUUUGAGUCGGUGCGCGACCUCGAGAGCUGGGAGGAAGAGAUCGUGCUGGACCACUUCGCCAACUUCAUUUGCGACUACCUAGCGAUGGGCUACACGGUCGAGCCCGACAAGCGCGAGCUUGUCAGCUUCAUCAACCUGGACGAGUCGGUCGAGGAGCGCAUCAAGAUGCUCGAGGAGAGGAGGUUCGAGAUGGUCCUCGACCCGGACAAGAGCGAGUGGACCGCUAAGGAUCAUUACAAGCAAUUUGUGGUUGGCGUCGUGGCCGAUGAUAUCUGGCUCGGCAGGUAUGGUGUCGACGGCGCUAUUCUCUGCACCCGUGAUUGGACCCCCAAGCAGACGACCCUCAAGAUGGUGAGGUUUCUUGAGUUCUUGGUCCAGGAGUGGGUGCAAGGCCCGGGUGAUGCCACUGAUAGGCAGAAGUCAGGGCAGAUGGCUGUCCGCAUCUAA